GAGCAGGAUGUCCUAACGCAGACUUUUACUUAUCGAGAUAUUCAUUCAGCAUCCGUGGCACUUUCUGAAUUUGAAAAUUUAUUUUCAAAAUGCGUAUUUUAUCUUUCGCGCGAGGUUCCGAGACAUUCCUUAGAAUUUAUCAUUCGUGCAUUUGGUGGUCAGGUCGGAUGGGAUGCCACACUUGGUGUAGGAUCGCCGUUCACAGAGAGUGAUGAUCGGAUUACCCAUCAUAUUAUUGACCGUCCGAUAAUAAAAAAUCAAUUUUUAACACGUGCCUACGUUCAGCCACAGUGGGUUUAUGAUUGUAUUAAUGCCAGAAUGUUGCUGAAAACCAAACAGUAUCGGCCAGGUAAUGAAUUGCCACCACAUAUGUCACCCUUCGUUGAACACAAAGAAGGUGACUAUGAACCUGAAAUGAAAAAUGAUUUUGAAGAAAUGGCUGAAAAGACAAAUGCACGAUCAAAAGAGCAACAUGAUCAA